AGAAAACUACGAUCGCUCCUGUAAAAUGAAGAAAGUGGGAUCGCUCCCGUAACGUUUCCGCCGGGAGAGGGCGCGUUUGACAGCUGUCAUUUGCGCGCUUUCCUCUCGGGCGGACGACGACGGACGGAAAUCUUUAUUUAUAUCACACACGACGAUGUUCCCCUAGAGUGCGACCGGCUGUGAACGUGCGUGACGAAAACGAUACGAAAACACGACAGAAUGGCGAACGAGGAGGUGUUGGGUCCGCGAAAAACGAUGUUUGUAUUAGUGAUUGUUGUGGGGUGUUUUGCGGUGCUCUGGCCCAGGAUCCUGUCCCCGCUGAUCCUGGGCCACACGCGGGACCAGUUGAAGCCCAACCAGUUCGACCGGGAGGCAGGAUGCUGUGAGGUAAUGUUUGCAUCGGAAGUAGCAGUUCUGGAGCUCAUCAACGAAGUGUGCAACUCAGUGGUGCAUGCUGACGUGAAAAUAUCACCGUACGCAGCUGCUGAAUGUAGAAAGGCUGUGAACGAAACAUGUGGCGUUGAUAUAGCAGCGUUUUUGAAACGCGAUGAGAAUGUGGGGAAGACGUCUAAGAACUUGGUCAAUAUUAUGAAGAGUAGCAACAGUUCGUGCUUGAAAGAGCACUUUGGGAUGCCACAAUGGAGCCUCAAUGCGCAUACAGCGUUGAACUCUUGGACUAUACCAGACACCGUGAAGCAAGAGCGCCCGUCCAUGCGAGUGGGCCCGCACCCUGCUUUGCGCGAGAGAGGGCGCGCCAUCCCACCAGGGCCCAGUCCGCAGCCGCGGCCACCCAUCACCAUGCCGCCGCACGCCAGGGUACGCCCUUCCCCCCUAGCGGGGUACUAUGAGCUCGACAUCAAGCCGCCCCCAAUCCCGGGCAUGAGGCCGCCCCUGGGCUCGCCCGGGGGCCCCGUGGCCGCGCCCAAGUCUUCCAUGGGCUUCGUCAUGCCCAUCUACACCAUCUGCAUCAUCGUCUUCUUCGUCUACACGCUUAGCAAGAUACUGUUCAAGCGCACCGGCUCGACGCCCUACGAGGCGGUGAGCCCCGACCCUCAGUUCAGGAGGCGCGUCUUCAGGGAUGACUCCAGGACCUCGCCUGACAAGCUGGGCCCGAAGGAGCGAGACACGAGGGACGACGAGUUGGAGGCGCUGCGCGCGCGGCUGGCGGAGACGGAGCGCGCCAUGCAGCGGAUCGUGGGCCAGUUGGCCAAACGCGACGCGGACCUGCAGGAUAACCACGCUCGCCCCUACACUAACGGAACCGUCCUACACAACACCGGGCCCGUGCACAUAGUCGCGAGUGAGUACCGGGAGGAGUCCAAAGAGAAAAGCCCAGAACCCGCCAAGAAUGAAUCCAUCCCUGAGUCUAAAGAACCCUCCCCUGAGCCUAAAGAAUCAGCUCCAGAAGAGAAACCAACCCCUGCGCCCAAAGAAUCCCCUCCCGACCUUAAAGAACCCAAAGAAUUCUCCCCUGAGCCUAAAGAAUCAGCUCCAGAAGAGAAACCAACCCCUGCGCCUAAAGAAUCCACUCCCGAGCACAAAGAACCUACCCCUGACCGCAAAGAAUCUUCCGCUGAACUUGAAGAGUCUUCACCAGAGCCCAAUGAAUCCUCCCCUGACCUGAAAGAAUCUUCUGUUGAGCUUGAAGACCUUACACCCGAGUCCAAAGACACCAGUCCUGAAUCUGAAGAGCCGAUCCCAGACCAGAAAGAAUCCACUGAAACAAAAGACCAAAAACACAAUGCAGAUCUCGUUAAACUUACAGAUACUGAAAACGCUGUAGAAAUUGCUGAAGACGUUGUAGUAAAAUCCACUGAAGACUUUUUGGACAACGCUAGAGAAGUGGAAGUGGUUUCGGCUAAAGAAUUUGAGGAAAGUCCCAAGAAAGAAGAGAGGACGACACCUGAACUGCUAGAGGAGGCUCUGAAAGAGGAUUCGUCGGAGAAAGGAUCGGAGGAUGGCGCGGAGGAGGACCAGGAAAAACCCAGUGUAAAGGUGGUGGGCAUGGAGGUGACGGCGCACACGGCGGACGGCGGCUCGUGGCGCCCUCCCGCGAUCGCCACCGCGCCCGCGCCCGCGCCCGCCGGUCGCGCGCACGAGGCGGAGUCGGUGCAGUCCAUCUUCUUGGAGACUCAGAUCCCGCAGCAGGCGCGAGUGCUGGUGGCCGACUUCCAGGACCACGCCGACGCGCGUACGCAGCCCAAGCACUCGCCGACGGUGGUGAGCGGCAAGAUGACGCUGUCUCUCAUCCAGGACGCGCCGCGAGACACUCCCGACCGGGAUCUUGAAUCAACAGUAGACGACUUCACAACAGCGAGUGGAGUCACACAGCCGGCCGCUGAGAAAGACGAAGAGUUGUCCGACGAGGAAAUCGACGAGGAGAUCGAGAUAGAAGAGAUCGAGGAAGAAGUUGAAGAAGUUGACGAGGAAGAAGAACCGAAGAAGAACUCGGUCCAGAAGAAGUGAACUGAUUGUAAAGGCGCGGUACCUCGGCAUUAGAGGGUUAGAUUUUGAUAGAGCUCCCAUCGACAACAAGAAUAAAUUGUAUUGUCAAACGAUUCUGAAACGCUUAGUGGCAAAAAAUGGAAUAUUAUUAAUUGUAGCGCCAUCCUAAUAAUGUCGUAGUUGACUGGGACGGUUCAGUGUUGGAAUCGAAAAAAAAAAUUACAGAAGGAAAAUCAAUAUGGUAUCUGUGGUGCAAUAUAAAACAUAGAUAACAAAUAGCACAGACCAUGUUAGCGUCGCUUCUGUUUUGUUUAUUGUCUGGCUCUAAUGAAGGAGUAUGAGUUUUCUUUGAAACUACUUUUAACUAGGGGGCACUCAUACUAACAUAAAGAUUCCUACAAGCUUAAUAAAUGUUAAGCAAAGUGAAAGCUUAUAUCAUAAAACGAUGUAAAUCGAUGGUAAAUACCACAUUUAUUCUUGUUGCUGUUGGAAGGACAGAUGAAACGUAGAUAUGUGCGAAUAUUUUGUAAUAAAUUUUUUACUGGCAUUGAAGUUUAAGGAAGUUAGAAUAAUAGUUAUAGAUAUAUUUAGGCUUUAUUUCUUUGCCACUCAUUCUCUGACUUCAUUUUUGUUACAAUUAUGUGUUAUACUUCUGGGAUGUGUCAUUGAUAAGUUGAAAAUAAGAUUUAAACCUCUAAUGUCGAUUCAAAGAAUAAUGACGAAAUGAAAGAUAAUUUUGACCUAAGAUACAGAUUUGAUUAUUGCUCUUUUCAAUUAUAUUCGCAUAGCGUAUGCAUAUACUUUAGUUCUAUUCAGUAACCAAGUAAUUUUAUCUUUGGUCAUUGUUAUCAUCAAUUUGUCAAAAUUCGUGACAUGUACUGGCAACUUCUAGCGCUACUUUUAAGCUCCAUAUCUAGAUUAUAUUGAGUGAUAUCGCGAGUCUUAACAUAAUAUUAGGGUCAAGUAAUCCAACUAUACGUUAAAUUUAACCAUUUCGACGUGCGGUCUCUGUGAUCACAGAUAUCAGUUAAGUCCGGAGUUAAGACAGCAGUUUUUUUUUUCAAUGGUAACAUUUAUUUAUUUUUUACAUAAAGUUCGUAGUAAUGUCAGCAGGGACCUAUUGAGUGGAUUGAGGGAAAAUAAUAUUAUAACUGGAAAGUUGCGACAUUACUAUCAUACCAUGGAUAUUAUAUUUUGUAAGUAAUAAAGUGUCUGAUAUUUAUGCUGUCGGACUGUUGAGACCACAGUGACCGCAUUUAGUAAGAUGUUUUCAUCUAGAUGUAAAUUUCAUUUACUUACGCAUUGACUAAAUAUUUCUCGUGAGUGUUGAAGGAAUAAACAAUCUAGACGUAAUGUUGCUGUAACUACGAAUUUAUAUUUAAAGUAAUAGUACAACUUUCUGGUUCAGUUUGUGCCAAAUUUUCUUCCAGCUUUUUAUUGUUAUUGCUAUAAAAUAGAAAACAUUUUGUAUUAUGAUUAUUGUACUCAAGCUCAACUUAAAUUUACUACGUUUAUUGUAUAUUUAGGCCAAUUUUUAAGUCUGCAAAUUAAAAGCCAAAUUUUCCUUAUAUUUUAGAUAAUAGCUCAAUAAAGCCCCAGUUUAAAUUUUAAGUAGGAUAUUAAAAUUUGCACCUGUGUGAGUUUGUAGAUAUAAUUGUGCAUUUAUGAAUAAUUGUGCAAGUGUAUUUAUUUUUUAUUGAUCAUCAUUUCAUUGCAAAUGCCUAUUGCAUUAAAGUAUGCGCUGCUACAAACAGUUGUUUUGUUACUAUACCUGUAAGUAUCUGUGGCACAAAGAAUAUUUUAACUUGGUGACACGAUGCAGCGCAUGGCAAUUAAGAAGUAGCUUUAUUGCUCUCUAGAGGGACUAACUUUUAUGUUUAAAUGUUGCCGAAAUGAACACGUUUCAUUGUGUUAUGUUAUUAGUGAAUAGCUUAAAAUGAGAAUUGGAAAAUUAGCGACCCUGGAAGGUUUUCAUCUGAGUGAUGUUGACGCCCAAAUAUCUUUUAUUAUUAUACCUAUGUUGACCCCAAAGCUCUACUAGUUGCAGAGAGAUGCUUUUUAUCUGUCACUAUAGCUAAUUUUUACACACAUGUGGUCUAUAUUUUUUACAUCAGUCAAAACUAAUCUUAAAAAUGAAUGUUGGAGGUUAAUUCAAUUCAAAUUAACUAUAAGAUUACUAGCUUUGAAAGUACGAUAUUUUUACAGGAUAUUAUGUUCUUUGUUUAAGGCUUUAGUACAGAUUUAACAGUGUGAAGCUUGAACAUUCCUAUUCUCAUUUGUAUAUUAACCUAUUUGAUAUACGUAAAAACUACAAAUAUUAUUUAUUGUUAUUAUUUAUUUGUGUACUUAUUGUAGGACAAUUUAACAUUUAAUUGUAGCAUUUUCGUUGCUUGUUAUGUUUUGUUUUUUAGUUGUAAGGAAUAAACGUGAAUUAACUGAA